GAACACAAUGGGUGAUAUGAAUAAAGACUAUAGCAUAUGAUUUUAUCUAGAACUCCAUGUACAUUAACACCAGGCCUUUCUGUACAAAACUGAAGUAAAAGAAUUUGCUAGUUUUUAUUCAUAUCACCAGAUGUCUACGCCACGUGUGCUGUACAGACGAUUGCCGCCAAGCCGAACUCGUUGUUAUACAGUUACAGCCGGCAUAAUAGCAGUCACCAGCGUGGGGCUCGAUACGGGCAUCCCCAAUAAGGAAUCGUGACUUCGCACGCUUUUAUUUUCGUUGGUCUUACCGAACGAUGCAACAGAAUUAGUUGGAUUAUCGUCCUAAUUCAUGUAGGAUGGCAUGCUGAAACUGUUGCAGUCCGUCAUAAUACCUUUAAUGAGGCAGAUAAAAGAGCGAAGUGGCUAGUUUGUACGACAUAGGAAUGGAUUUAUUUCUGAACAAAAUUAUAACAUAUUAUAAGGGAUUAUGUACUGUACAAUUUACAGGUGAGUACUCAGAAUCGAAUGCACUAGCACCAUCAGUGAGACAAAAUUGGCGGAGGUCUUCCUGAGUAGAGCAUUUGAUUCUUUAAUUCUGCCGACUGCACCGAUGGAUUUAAACACUUCUGAUUGGACAAAACGACAGAACGUCUGACUAUUUUUUUAGUCUGCUGACGAGAAUCCUCGAAAGGCUGGGCUUUCGUGCAGCGCAAUGAAAGGAGUGACGUCUUCUCGCCCUCGCAAUUACUGCAUCCUGCUAUUCGUAUUCAUCAUAAUUCUCUGCGGCAUAUACGUGGUGUACAAACCAGGCAUACAUUUGAAUGGUUACAGUUUCCAUAGGCAUCAUCUCCCUGUGGUUUAUCUUGACAAGGACAUGACAAAUUUAGAGAGUACACUGCGAGGGAACGUUACUAAAAUCCCUCGCAUCAUUCACCAGACAUGGAAGACGUACGAAGUGCCUCAAGAAUUCUCCGAGUACACCAAAACCUGGUUGAAGCUCAAUCCUGGCUGGCAAUAUUGGUUCUGGACGGAUAAAGACGCGGAAAAGUUUGUAAAGUUCAAAUAUCCAAAAUAUUAUGAUAUGUUUAAAAAUUACCCCGAGCCGAUUCAUAGGGCGGAUGCAAUGCGGUACUUUAUUCUUUACGAAUUCGGUGGAUGGUACGCAGAUUUAGAUAUGGAGGAUCUGAAACCUUUAGACGAUUUUGGUAAAAUACACAACUGCAUCAUAUCGCAGGAACCCUGGGGACACGUUUUGUUUAUUUGGCACCGGACUCGUCUCGCUUGCAAUGCAUUAAUGGCGGCGAGACCGAAGCACCCCUAUUUCAAAUAUGUCGUAGAACAAUUGCCAAAGAACGCACCAAAGAAUGGGAAAACUAAUGCAAUGGCGACAACAGGGCCUAUAAUGAUUGACAGCACGCUGUAUCAGUAUGAAAAAAUUAUGAAACAAAACAAAACUUUCAAACAAAACGAAACCGUGUACCUCGCUAACCCGGACUACUUUUUGCCGAUACUUGCUGGUAACGGGUUACCGUUUGUUAAAAGAGCAUGCGCGCAAUUACCAAACACUGCCUCAGAGCUCGAGAAAUCCGUUUGUGCCAGGUAUGAAAAGGAAAAGUGGUCGAAUAAACCUCCACAAGAGUCUUAUACAAAUCAUGUGUGGAUACACACAUAUUACCACGCAGACAUUGAUGAGUAUUCAGAAUCUUAUGCACCAGAACCAUCAGUGAAAGAAAAAUUGGCGGAGGUCUUCUUGGGAAGAGCAUUUGAUUCGUUAAUUUCUGCCGACUGCGCCGUUGGAAUUGAACACUUCUGAUUGGACAAAACGACAGGACGUCUGCCUAUUUUUUAGUCUGCUGACGAGAAUCCUCGAAAGGCUGGGCUUUCGUGCAACGCAAUGAAAGGAGUAACGUCUUCUCGCCCUCGCAAUUACUGCAUCCUGCUAAUCGUAUUCAUCAUUAUUCUCUGCGGCAUAUACUCGGUGUACAAACCAGGCAUACAUUUGAAUGGUUACAGUUUCCAUAGGCAUCAUCUCCCUGUGGUUUAUCUUGACAAGGACAUGAACAGUUUUGAGAGUACACUGCGAGGGAACGUUACUAAAAUCCCUCGCAUCAUUCACCAGACAUGGAAGACGUACGAAGUGCCUCAAGAAUUCGCCGAGUACACCAAAACCUGGCUGAAGCUCAAUCCUGGCUGGCAAUAUUGGUUCUGGACGGAUAAAGACGCGGAAAAGUUUGUAAAGUUCAAAUAUCCAAAAUAUUAUGAUAUGUUUAAAAAUUACCCCGAACCGAUUCAUAGGGCGGAUGCGAUGCGGUACUUUAUUCUUUACGAAUUCGGUGGAUGGUACGCAGAUUUAGAUAUGGAGGAUCUGAAACCUUUAGACGAUUUUGGUAAAAUACACAACUGCAUCAUAUCGCAGGAACCCUGGGGACAUGUUUUGUUUAUUUGGCACCGGACUCGUCUCGCUUGCAAUGCAUUAAUGGCGGCGAGACCGAAGCACCCCUAUUUCAAAUAUGUCGUAGAACAAUUGCCAAAGAACGCACCAAAGAAUGGGAAAACUAAUGCAAUGGCGACAACAGGGCCUAUAAUGAUUGACAGCACGCUGUAUCAGUAUGAAAAAAUUAUGAAACAAAGCAACACUUUCAAACAAAACGAAACCGUGUACCUCGCCAACCCGGACUACUUUCUGCCGAUACUUGCUGAUAACGGGUUACCAGCUGUUAAAAAAGCAUGCGCGCAUUUACCAAAUACUUCUUCAGAGCUCAAGAAAUAUGUUUGUGUCAGGUAUGAAAAGGAAAACUGGUCAAAUAAACCUCUACCCGAGUCUUAUACAAAUCAUGUGUGGAUACACACAUAUUACCACGCAGACAUUGGUAAUAAAACAAAUGCGUCUAUUUUUGAGUUGGUGCCCGGGACAGUUAAUGUUACAAAUGUUUUGAUUAAUCUGGAGAAAGAGGCAACAACCACGUGAUUUCUUUUUCAUUGGUGGACGUAUAGGAGGAGACACUAGUUCAGAGAUAAACUUAAGCCAUGUCAGAAAGAAUUCCUCUCACCUGUUCAGAUCAGCUGAGUCAGCUCAGGUAUCAAGGGCAACAGGUAGCCACACCAAAAUUUGGAAGGAGCUGACCAGCCGACCAGCUGACCUGAUGCUGGAAGGGUGUAUCCCCAAAAACAGAGCCAGGUGUUCAGGCAUUAUUUCACUAUUUUUUUGCCGACGCUUUCGGGCAGCGGUUUACCAAGUACAGUGGAACCGCCCUUAGCAGACACCUCUCUAUCAAGGCCAACCUCUCUAUCAAGGACACUAGUUUUGGUCCCAAAUUGGUUGUUUCCAUUCAAUUUCGACCUCUAUUACACCAGGACACCUCUCUAUUGAGGACAGCACCUAUCAGUCCCGAGGGUGUCCUUGAUAGAGAGGUUCUACUGUAUUUCACUUAUCGCAGCCUAGAUCAUAUGGAACCUUUAAUGUGAAACUUUCACAACCGUGUUCCAAAAGAUCACCAGAUCAAAAUGCGCAAGUUAAAUUCGAACUUCAUCGCGUCUUAGAAGGAGAAGGGAGCGCUGUUUUCCUAGACACACAAUCGAGGGACUCGGAAUACGAGAUGAAUCGGAGGCUGGAUUUGGCAUGUAAUGCGUGGAGUUCAGGAUUUUAAUUCUCCAGGAUGAACACGGCCCGAAAGACCGCAACAAUCAUGGCGUCAUGUUCAGAUGAUUUCACACUUACGGCAGCCAAUCAAACGCAAAUAAUGCCACGUGGUCUUAGAUUUUCAUCAAUUAGCGAGAGCAUAUCGCCGGAUGGCAGCUCUAUAGUGAUUUUUGUUCAACUACUUGUGCCUUGCGCAGCUACUCGCUCAACCCAUGUGUUUUGAUAAAGAGGGCAUGAACAGUCUUGUUUAAAAGUAAAAUGACACCAAAAUACACAAGAAUAUCGCCCAUAGAACAAUGCUAUUUGGAUAAGUUUUGGAGUCAAAAGUUGGAGGAAUGGCAAAUAAUGCACCUCCCUUUCUUUUAUUUACGCAGCAACAUUUCAGCUGUCAUCUAAUCAAACAUCCAACGGUUGCAACGCACUGCCAAGGUAUUCUCUUACAACCUGAAUUUUAGGUUUAUGCCUGUUUCGCCUAUUCCUGUUUCGCCUAUUCCUGUUCGGCCUAUUCCUGUUAGGCCUAUUCCUGUUUGGCCUAUUUCCUGUUUGGCCUAUUUCCUGUUUCGCCUAUUCCUGUUUCGCCUACUUCCUGUUUCGCCUACUUUCCAGUACCCCUACAAUAAAUCGACUCUCCCACGGGGAACCUUAGGGUGCAUGUCCAUUUUAUGGGGAAAAUGUGAGGGGACAAUUGGAUGAUGUUAACGAUGUGAUGACAAUUUGACUAAUCAAAUGCCAUCAACUUUGUUAACAAACCAUGCCAUGACCGUUUUGAAAGAGUCACCUUGAAACCGGGGACAGUCCGGGACUUAUUUGACCAUAGGACCAUACUGACACACAGUAAAAACUAUAGAUUAAGUAGAGUAAAGCUGUCGUUUAUUUUAUAAAAACAGGCAUUCAUGAGUUUUUGAUAAAAAUACAUAAUACUGUACAUUCUCAUAAUCAUUUGAUCAAAAUCAGCUGUAAAACCCAUGUCAUAAUAUACAUGUAGGUACAGCACAUAUCAAGUCAAACAAGGUUGAAAAUACAUAUCAUGAUAUAUGAUUUCACGUGCAGCUUAUGACGAUAUCGUCAUUCAUCAGACCAAUUAUUGUCGCACCGAAGGGCAUAGUACAGUGACAAAUAGAACAAAACUUAAGGAUUAUCAUUCGAAUUAGUGAAUUCAUUAGGACAGUACAUAUCCACGUACUAUCAAUAUGAACCACAUAUAAAUCUUGCUCUUCGACUAUAGUAAGGGACGGUUCAUAUUCCUACGUCUGUGGGGAGGUUAGCAAUACAUUUGAAUAGGCGAAACAGGAAUAGGCGAAACAGGAAUUAGGCGAAACAGGAAUUAGGCGAAACAGGAAGUAGGCGAAUCAGGAAUAGGCGAAUAAGGAAUUAGGCGAAACAGGAAUAGGCGGAACAGGAAUAGGCGGAACAGGAAUAGUUGAAACAGGAAUACAGCUAAUUUUAAUAUGUUCAUCAGAUAAUCUCUGUUUGUUUUUUACUAUACGUAUGUAUAUUGCAUAUCAAAAUUUAUGUAUCCCUUCCACACAUCCUCUGGAACUCUUGUAAUAUGGUCACAUUCCCCAAGACAGAUCCUUUAUACACCACUUUCUUCUUUUUCUCUAAUCUAUUUACACCAAGUUUAUUGUAACUCCAUCCAAAAUAAAUUUAUUUUAAACAAUAAACUAUUUGAUAUCUGAUAUUUGACUAAAUGCAGACCAGAUGGCCCAAUGUUCUGAAUAAGCUUUGACAACACAUAAAAUCGCAUGAAAUCUGGUGUGAAUUUUGAAAUCAGAGUGGAAUAUACAAAAGAAAAAGCUUGUUUUGGGUGGCAGUUCAAUUAAUUUCCUUUAAAAUCCACUUCAGUCGUAUGGAACACGAUUAUGUAAUAGACUUGGCGCCGAUUGAUGACGAUGACAGCAUAGAAGCAAGAAUAACCUGCAAUGGGUUUCGUAUUCAGCUGAGGCCCGCGUAUAAGAAUUGUUCCUUAAUUAUGCAAAUUAGUUAUUUCAGUCGUGAAACAACUGCAAGAGCAUUUUUAUCCAGGCUGGAAGAUUCGUCUUAUGUACAACUUAUGAUGGGAAUCAGUCCCAUAUUUGAUGACGUAUUUGGCAAAAACGUAUACGUAUAAGUUUUGCUAUAAGUUGCCGAUAUCAAACGCUCUAUUAAUCCUCUAACACAGAUGAUACUUCCCAGUGAUGGCGGAUCCAGAAAUUUUUAAAGGGGGGAGGGGGCAGCUCAGUACUGAACGUGUGCGAGGGGAGGAGGGUACGACUGCUUCUGGAUUUUCGAGGAUGAAAAAUUACAGCCGUCCUGCGGCCAAAAGAACUUCGAUAGUGGGCCGUAUGCAUAAAAAUGAAGCAAAUACUUCCAGCAUAAGACGGUAGUAAAAAGCAUUUACAGUACAACCUCUCUAUUGCGGACACCCAGGGGACUGGGCGUUGGUGUCCGUGAUGUAGAGGUGUCCUUUAUAAGGAGGUUAUGCCAUUAUUGUCCAAAAGGUGAAGUCAUGUUUAUGAACACGGGAGUCGUCGUAAAGCCUGCAUAUUCCAUAUUCCAUUUAGUUUGUCAAAAAAAUGGAUUCAUGUGUAUGAACAUGGGGGUCGUGAAGCCUACAUAUCACAUAUCCAUUUAGUUGUAUAAAUAUUAACUGCUUC